AAUAUAGAACACUAUUAGCCUUUCCCAAUGAGCUGUGACACACGUGCACGCCGCCCAACCACGCGUGGGACCGUAUGGUAUAUAAGGCCCGAGGUUGAGGGGCUGCAGGAGAGUGAGAAAACAAAUGAUCUUAGCUGAUUCACACGAAAGAAACAAACAGGAAAGAAAGGAAGACCGAAGUGUAUUUUUUCUUGCGUUUAAGUCUCUGGAAGAGGACUCUGCUCUCUCCGCCUCCCACUUCCCUCCCUUUUACUCUCCUCCUCUGCCUCACCCAGCACUCUCAGCCAUCCAUGAGUGUGACCAACUCCUCUGCCUAUCGAUCGGAGCGUAGUUUCCACCAGACUUCAUCCUCAUCCUCAUCCUCAUCCUCGUCCUCUGGUAACCCAUACAUGGAGAAGAGCCGGGGACUGUUCACCGAGGACUUUGGCUCCUUCAUGAGGCCCGGGAGCGACGCCUUGGGGUUUUCCAGUGGCUCUGGAAACAUCAAGGCUCUUGGGGAUUCGUAUCAGUUCACAGUUGACGUGCGAGACUUCUCCCCCGAAGACGUCAUCGUCACCACAUCCAACAACCAGAUCGAAGUUCACGCAGAAAAGCUGGCCCAGGACGGUUCGGUGAUGAACACUUUCACACACAAGUGUCAACUACCUGAGGACGUGGACCCCACCUCGGUGACAUCAUCACUGGGCGCCGAGGGGACCCUAACAGUCAAGGCACGGCGACACCCGGCCAAACACGAGCUCGUACAGACCUUCCGCACGGAGAUCAAGAUCUAGAGAGGGACGCACCUUCUCAUCACAAACCUCUCACCACUUUUUUUUUUUUGUGAUUUUAUGUUACUUCCUCUAUUUCCUGUCUUCACCGAAGCCAUUCUACUUUAAACACUCAGAAGUCGGCAGUGUGCUCCAUAAGACAUGCCACCUUCUCGCUCCAUGACUGCAACACGCGCCUGUUGCUGCUCAUUUAUAUAUAUUCUGAGUUAGCUCACCGUGCUCUGCAGCAAUAGGUUAAACCUGCACGUAACAUACUGAGACACAGGCGCUCGGACAUGUACAGCAUUUGUAUGAAGACACACACACACACACACACACACACACACAUAAACACGCACAGAGAAUGAUCUGAUCAGUUCUCUACUUCCCUCCUGUCCUCUAACACAGGUCUGAAAAUGAACAUCUGAAAUUGACGGUGGCCACGUUUGAACAUAAUUUAUUGAAUAUUAUGAUUUGUGUGAAUUAAAUGGUCCUGUUUUGACAAUAAAACAUCUGGCAAUGUGUGAGCCUUCUGACUGAGGUAUGGCAUGACAGAUUGAUUGUAACUUUUUUUUUUUUUUUACUUUAAAGGUGCCAUUUGUAAGAAAAGUUGAUCUUUGAGUCUCAUGCACAACUCGUCAUAUGAAGUCGUUUCGGGUUUCCCAGCUCAUCAAAAACCGACGCUUUGGGAUUGCAGGACGCCACCCCAAAGCAUCAGAGUUGAUAAAGAGACUCAAAAAUCAUCUUUUCUUACGAUUGGCACCUUUAAAAAUAACAGUUUUGAUUCAAGCUAUACACAUUUUCAAGACAUAUCAUUGUUAUGAUGUAAUGAGAUUUGUUUGUGGUUCACACCCACAUUAUGCCUGACAGAUUGUUACACAUGUGGGAUUUGUAUUAACAACAGCAGUGCUGCACUCUGUGGGAGGCACCAAACUGCACAAAAAGCCAAUUCCUACAUAAUGUUGCUUUAAAGGUGUGGGCCCGGCAUUUGGGUACGGAUAUGGAUUCAUAACCGUUUUCAUAAGUUACUAUCACUGUCUUUAUUAAACAUGCUGAUGGGUCUGUGUAA